GGUUGUCGUUCUUCUAUUCUCUGCACUCUGUUCGAUUUCUUUACGUACAGUCAUUUACUACAUACUCUCCUCCUCACAGUCAGUCUUCACGCGGACAUGAACACGAUUCUCUCCUACAGCGAAUGAUCAACGUAGCGGAGAGUGCGCCGACAUCGGCGCGGUCGUCGUCUCUUGCCACUAUUCAACAUGGAACGAGCCUCGUCGGAGAAGAAGAGCGAAGAUCUUACCGUCGAUACGCUCGAGGAAUCUGCGGUCGAAGCACAGAAGUCUCACGAUGAACGUACUCCUGAGCAGGCAGGCGAUGCCAUUGCUGAACCGUUGGACACGCCACCCGAUGGUGGCUAUGGAUGGGUCGUCUGCUUUGCGCUUGCAUUGAUGAAUGGAAUGACGUGGGGUAUAGCAGCUUCCUACGGCGUCUUCCUCAGCCAUUACCUGGCAACCGACUACUUCCCGGGAGCCACUCCACUCGACUAUGCAUUCAUAGGUGGCCUGGAAUUCGGCGCCGCCAUGCUCAUCUCUCCUCUCACCACAAUUUUGACUCGGGAACUAGGAAGGAGGGUCGUCAUGUCGGCCGGAAUCGUCAUGAUCAGCGGAGGCUACAUCGCCGCCUCCUUCGCCUCGCAAAUCUGGCAGCUGUAUCUCACGCAAGGCGUCCUCGUAGGCCUUGGAAUAGGCGCAAUUUUCAUCCCAGCCAUUGCUGUACUUCCGCAGUGGUUCCUCAAACGCCGAAGCUUCGCCCAAAGUCUCGCCUCAUCUGGUUCGGGUUUCCUCGGCUUGGCCUUCAGUCUGGCAACGGCUGCGAUGAUCAAGCAACUCGGACUGCCGUGGACGCUGCGCGUCAUUGGACUUUUGGCAUUUUUCGGAAAUCUCGUCAGCAUGGUACUUGUGCGCGAUCGCAACCAUCUCGUCAAACCCCCGCAAUUGGGCUUCGCGGUUCAUCUGCUCAAGCGAUACGAUUGCCUUUUGUUGCUCUGUUGGGCUUUUGUCCACGUCAUGGGAUAUAUGGUGCUGCUCUAUAGCCUGUCAAGUUAUGGAACGGAGGUUGUUGGGCUAAGUCAGGGCCAAGCGGGCAUUCUCACUGCAAUUCUGAACCUGGGCACGGGGAUUGGAAGACCCCUAAUAGGGCUGGCGAGUGAUCGGUGGGGGAGGAUACCCGUUGCGUCAUUGCUUACCUUUGCGAAUGGACUUAUCAUUUUGGCAUUCUGGAUCCCAGCAAACUCGUUCGGAUUCUUGCUGUUCUUCUCAGUGGUGGCUGGGGGCACCAUGGGCGUGUUUUGGAUGACCGUAGGACCACUCUGCGCCGAGGUUGCAGGCCUCAAAGAAGUCCCUUCCUUCCUCGCUCUUCAAUGGCUUACCGUUGUAUUGCCGACUACAUUCGCCGAGGUCAUCGCGCUCUACCUUCGGCGCCCAAGCAUGGGACGAUGGAGCUAUGUAUGGUUACAGCUAUUCGCUGCGAUGUGCUACCUGGUGGGCAGUGGUUUCAUCAUUGAACUGUGGCGGAUCAAAAGGAAGAAGAAGCGCCUGGCAGCCUCUGGUGCUGAGCAUACACCGAGCUGAUGAACGUUCGAGCUGUAAAUUAAAGACACGAUUGGCGUAUAGAAGAACAAACCCUUAGCGCUGCGUGGAUCUAUC